ACCCCGGCUUGUUUGGGGCCCUCCUCGGGAGCAGAGGCAGCAUGGAAGGCACCGUAGCCACAGCCAGGACGUCCACCAAAAUCACCAAGAAGACCUUCCUGGAGGCCCUGAAGGCCAACGACUUUGGGAAGCUGAAGGCUCUUUUGAUCCAAAGGAAAAUCGAUGUGGAUACCGUGUUUGAGGUAGAGGAUGAGAACAUGGUCUUGGCAUCUUAUAAACAAGGAUACUGGCUGCCCAACUACAAGCUGAAGUCCUCGUGGGCCACGGGCCUGCAUCUGUCUGUCCUGUUUGGCCACACGGAGAGCCUCUUGGUAUUGCUGGACCAUCACGCUACCAUCAACUGUCGACCCAAUGGGAAGACCCCCCUGCACGUGGCUUGUGAAGUGGCCAAUGUGGAGUGUGUCAAGAUCCUCUGUGACCACGGAGCCAAGCUCAAUGCCUACUCGCUAAGUGGCCACACAGCCUUGCACCUGUGCACCACGGAAAGCUCCAUAGUCUGUGCCAAGCAGCUGGUGUGGAGAGGUAAGUCAUUUCCUCUUGGCCCUUCCCUGGGCUUCCACCAGCCUCCUGGCAUCUCCGGGGGGGAAGCAGCCACCUUACUAGAAGAGCGAGUGGUCUCUGGCUGCCCUGGCACGAGUGAAGGGCCCGGCGCGCAAGGCCACGGAGGUCCCGGGCCCACAGAAACCACUCUUUCCUCCUCCCAUAGCGCAGCAGGUCUCCCCCUCGGGGCCUCUGGGGAGCCAAGAGAAAGCGAAGAGAGGAUACCCCAAAGGGCCUUGGGCAGGCCCUCCCGGGAGAGCCUCCUGCAGAGGCCUGCAGCCACUCCUCCCGCCUCCAAGGCCAGCCCUCCACAGGUUCUCCCAGUUCAGUGCAAGAGGCAGAACGGGACGAGGGACAGGAAAGCUCCUCCCUGGGCCACAGGCGGACAUGCCCUCCUGGAAAGGGGGCACGGGCAGGCCUGGGAGCGCUCGGGGGAGGCAUGGCCAGCCCCCGGGGCUGCCCUCAAUCCCGGCGAGUGCUGUGAGACACCACCAUGCUGGCAUCUGGGAAGCCGGUUCCUCCCAGCACGCCCAGGCUGCCGCCCUUUCCUUCCGGUGCUCCUCCCGGCCCGUGGACUCUUCCAUGCUGUUCCCGGGGCCUCGGGCCCAAACGCUGAUACUGCCGGCAAUGCGGCUCUCACUGGCCCGGCUUCCCUUCGGAUCCUCCCAAGGUUCCCCGAGCCGGAAGCCGAGAAGCCAGCCUGAGCUGCUGGGAAGGGGGGGCUCUUAGCCCAGGUGGGGGAAGAGCGUGGGGCGCCCCG